CGCCAUGUGGUUGAGCCAAUCGGCAUUGGGAGCGUGUGGAUGGGCGUGUGUCGAGGCCAAUAGGAGCGCGGGGCGGGGGCGCGCAGCCCGCCCCCCUGGCCGGUAUAUAGGGGGGUGCCCGGGGGCGGCGGCAGCCUGGUACUUGCGUCGAUUCCUUGCUUGUCGGGACGAGUAACCGAGCCGCAGCCAUGCGUGAGUGCAUCUCCAUCCACGUUGGCCAAGCGGGCGUGCAGAUCGGCAAUGCCUGCUGGGAGCUGUACUGCCUGGAGCACGGCAUCCAGCCCGACGGGCAGAUGCCCAGCGACAAGACCAUCGGCGGCGGGGACGACUCCUUCAACACCUUCUUCAGCGAGACGGGCGCCGGCAAGCACGUGCCCCGCGCCGUCUUCGUGGACCUGGAGCCCACGGUGAUCGACGAGGUGCGCACGGGGACGUACCGGCAGCUCUUCCACCCUGAGCAGCUCAUCACGGGCAAGGAGGAUGCGGCCAACAACUAUGCCCGUGGGCACUACACCAUCGGGAAGGAGAUCAUCGACCUGGUCCUCGACCGCAUCCGCAAGCUGGCUGACCAAUGCACAGGGCUGCAGGGCUUCCUGGUCUUCCACAGCUUCGGGGGUGGCACCGGCUCCGGCUUCACCUCCCUGCUCAUGGAGCGCCUCUCUGUCGACUAUGGCAAGAAGUCCAAGCUGGAGUUCUCCAUCUACCCAGCCCCGCAGGUCUCCACGGCCGUGGUGGAGCCCUACAACUCCAUCCUCACCACCCACACCACCCUGGAGCACUCUGACUGUGCCUUCAUGGUGGACAAUGAGGCCAUCUAUGACAUCUGCCGCCGCAACCUGGACAUCGAGAGGCCAACCUACACCAACCUCAACCGCCUCAUCAGCCAGAUCGUGUCCUCCAUCACUGCCUCCCUGCGCUUCGAUGGGGCCCUGAAUGUUGACCUGACGGAGUUCCAGACCAACCUGGUGCCGUACCCCCGCAUCCACUUCCCGCUGGCCACCUACGCCCCUGUCAUCUCAGCCGAGAAGGCUUACCACGAGCAGCUCUCGGUGGCCGAGAUCACCAACGCCUGCUUCGAGCCAGCCAACCAGAUGGUGAAGUGCGACCCGCGGCACGGCAAGUACAUGGCGUGCUGCCUGCUGUACCGCGGGGACGUGGUGCCCAAGGAUGUCAACGCCGCCAUCGCCACCAUCAAGACCAAGCGCAGCAUCCAGUUCGUGGACUGGUGCCCCACCGGCUUCAAGGUGGGCAUCAACUACCAGCCCCCCACGGUGGUGCCCGGCGGGGACCUGGCCAAGGUGCAGCGCGCGGUGUGCAUGCUGAGCAACACCACGGCCAUCGCCGAGGCCUGGGCCCGCCUGGACCACAAGUUCGACCUGAUGUACGCCAAGAGAGCCUUUGUGCACUGGUACGUGGGGGAGGGCAUGGAGGAGGGCGAGUUCUCAGAGGCCCGGGAGGACAUGGCCGCGCUGGAGAAGGAUUAUGAGGAGGUGGGGGUGGAUUCGGUGGAAGGGGAGGGAGAGGAGGAAGGGGAGGAAUACUGAAUGCCGAGUUCCUUCUGUCGCUGUAGCAUGUCCACAAAAUGUCUGCUUCAAACACUUCAGCUUCCUUGUGCACUGGGCGGGGUCCAGCCCCGCGGCGGGGGGACACGCUGCUCUGGGCUCGUGUUCUCCUAUGUGAUCAUGUCGAUUUUCCAUGUGUCUGUACCAUGUCUGUGAAUAAAAGGCUUUAAGAGAGGC